CCCGCCGCCGCCGCCGCCGCCGCCGCCGAGUCCCCGCGCAGGAGCCGCGGCCGCCGCCGCCGCCGCCUCGGCCCGUCCCCGCCGCCCGGGCGCGGCCAGGCCUUGUGGUCCUGUCCCUGGGAGUUCCCAAAGCUGAGCUAUGGCCACUCCGGAUGUGAGUGUCCAUAUGGAGGAGGUCGUGGUGGUGACGACGCCGGACACGGCCGUGGACGGCAGCAGCGUGGAGGAGGUGAAGACCGUGCUGGUGACCACCAACCUGGCAUCCCACGGGGGUGACCUCACCGAGGAACACAUGGAGACUGAGAAUGCCGCGGCCGCAGCUGCAGCCUUUACCGCGUCCUCGCAGCUCAAGGAGGCCGUGCUAGUGAAGAUGGCUGAGGACGAGGACAAUCUGGAGGCCGAGAUCGUGUACCCCAUCACCUGUGGGGACAGCAGGGCCAACCUCAUCUGGAGGAAGUUCGUGUGCCCCGGCAUCAACGUGAAGUGUGUCCAGUACGACGAGCAUGUGAUCAGCCCCAAGGAGUUCGUGCACCUGGCAGGCAAGUCCACACUGAAGGACUGGAAGCGAGCCAUCCGGAUGAACGGCAUCAUGCUGCGGAAGAUCAUGGACUCGGGGGAGCUGGACUUCUACCAGCACGACAAGGUCUGCUCCAACACCUGCCGCAGCACCAAGAUCGACCUCUCGGGCGCCCGCGUGUCCCUGAGCAGCCCCACGUCCGCCGAGUACAUCCCGCUCACCCCCGCCACGGCCGACAUGAACGGCUCCCCUGCCACCAUCACCAUCGAGACCUGCGAAGACCCCAGCGACUGGACCACGGCUAUUGGAGAUGACACGUUUGCCUUCUGGCGAGGGCUGAAGGACGCGGGAUUGCUGGAUGAGGUCAUCCAGGAGUUCCACCAGGAGCUGGUGGAGACCAUGCGAGGCCUCCAGCAGCGGGCCCAGGACCCCCCACUACAGCUCAGAGAUGCCGUCCUCCUCAACAACAUCGUGCAGAACUUCGGCAUGCUGGACCUGGUGAAGAAGGUACUGGCCAGCCACAAGUGCCAGAUGGAUCGAUCCCGGGAGCAGUAUGCCCGCGACCUGGCAGCGCUGGAGCAGCAGUGCGACGAGCACCGGCGCCGGGCCAAGGAGCUCAAGCACAAGUCCCAGCACCUGAGCAACGUGCUCAUGACGCUGACGCCUGUGUCCCUGCCGCCCCCCAUGAAGCGGCCACGCCUGGCCAGGGCCGCCUCGGGUCCGGCCGCCGUGGCCUCGCAGGUGCUGGCGCACUCAGGUCUCGCCCCGGCCGUGCCCGUCUCCCAGCUGGCCGGCGUCCCGCUCGGCAAGGUGCUGUCCACGCUGCCGGCGCCCGUGCUGGGCAAGGGCCCCCCGCCGGCCGCGCCUGCCGCGCCCGCCUCGCCACUGCUGGGCGGCUACACGGUGCUGGCCUCGCCGGGCGCCGCCUUCCCGGGCGCCGUGGAGCUGCACCCCGACGCCGCAAGCCUCACGGUGCUGAGCACGGCCGCCGUGCAGGACGGUGGCACGGUGGUCAAGGUGGUCAGCCCGCUGCAGCUGCUGACGCUGCCUGGCCUGGGCCCUGCGCUGCAGAACGUGACGCAGCUGUCCCCGGGCGCCGGCGCGCUGCUGGUGCCCGCGGUGGACGGCGCGGCGGCCGCCCCGGGGCCCGAGGAGCACGCGGCCGCCCUCGAGGUGGCCGCCGUGGCCGAGGGCCACGAGCACAAGUAGCCGGCGGCGAGUGGCCACGCGCACGGCGGCCUCGGGCCGCUGAACCAAAGAGGAGACGCCGGACUGGACGGAGAAGGGACAGUCCUGCGGGCCGCCGCCGGGCCGGGCCCUGACUUCCCUUCUCUCGGGGACAUGCAGGCUCCGCCUGCUGCUUAUUAACACUGUUUACACAUGGCCUGAGCGGGCGGGCCAGAGCCGCCCGCCCUGGGUCUGAGCCGCGGGGGGUCGUCAGUGACACCUGUCUUGGGGACCGUCCCCAAGCGUGGAAUCGCGUGGAUCCUAUGGAUUUGGUUUCUUCCCACAGUUUUCUGUAGGGUUAGUGCAGUGCACGCAGGUCCGCUCUCUGGGAUGGACGUCGGGCCGCUGCGGGCGUGGAGGUAGCGGGUCUGAGGACUUCAGCCGAGAGCAGAGCCAGGCCUGCUGGCUCUGGCCGAGGGCUUGGUCCGAGCUCCCCCGGCACCACAGCACGGAGCCUGCGGGCCCUGCGUCCGGCCGGCAGGCUCCUGGGGGCCGUCCCAGCCGGCAUGAAGCUCCCGUCCCCCUCCCACCUGUGGCUCCAAGGCCGAAGGCGCUUCUCUGGGCCGUGCAUGGGUGUGGUCCCAGAGCCCACAGUCCCUGCCCCGCCAGGGCCUGGUGCACACUGUCCCCGGUCUGUCCUUCCGCCUCAAGUGCCCAGGGCAGGCGGGCAGCUGCGAGGGUCCCGCUUCUUCCUGUUACGUUGUUGGCUGGUUCCGUGUGAUCUCCUGUGGGUGUCCGUCCUCGUUUUUAACUCAUUUUUACUGAGUCCGGGGCCUGUUACCGCAACUGGGUGUCCACGGGUGCGUCCAGCUGCCUCAGCAGGGGCUGCUCCGGGUGAUGGCGGCCGCCCAGGAUGAGCCUCCUGGGGACUGGGAUGUCUGUGCUGGCGGGGCCGAGCCGCAGGGAGGCCCGGCCGUAGAAGGGACAGAGGGACCGAAGCUCUGGGUGCCGGUCCCAGCGGGUGCCUCUGAGUCCACUUUGUACGUUGUUUUGCAAGUAUCUGCUUGGUACUUUGAUUUAAAAUAAAAGCAUUUUCAUAGUU